AUGUUUACCAAGAGUCUUUCAAUCUCCAAAGCCUCGUCCAGCUUCAAUCAUCAUGUUCCAAUCAAUACAGUAUUCUUUCAGUUCGGAACAAGGCCUGGAGAUAGUACUUUAAUUCUACGUUCUCUUCAUACGACUAUUUCUAAUAACGGAGCAAAUCAAAAUACCACUUCUGGCACUAGUAGUACCACAAACACGAAUAACAACAUCAACACCUCAUCUUCGUUAAAUAUCAUUUACAAGGAAUUAGAAAGUCAAAGACAAUACUAUCUUCAAUAUGCAGAGACAAGACAAGAAGCCGAUGUAUUGGAGCAGUAUAAUCCAUUGGUUAGACCUUUUUUGAGAGCCUACACGAAUGAAAUUCGCUUUCUUGUGGAUCGGUAUGAACCUCUCCGACUUCAAAAACAAUUAGAAGAAGAUGUCAAGCAAGGAAAAGUUCCACAGAAACACAAUGUGAGUUGGGUGUUGCCUAGUAAGGUCGCUCAACAAGAGAAUGCAAGUACGAGUAGACCUUUGGCGUUACGACUUUUCGGGUUCUUUGGUCAAGAAUCAAUCAUAAAUAGAGCCUGUGAUUUUGUGUGGAAUAUGUUGAUUAAUCAUGUCAAUGCCAUCAGAAAGAGUGGUGCCUAUGAAAAAACAAACUUGGCUGGAGUAUCUUGGACUGGUGCUGAUUUUUAUGUAUGGACAAUUCAUUUGUGGGUGCUCUUCAGAAGGUUACGUUUUGAGGGAAGUGAUGGUGAUUUGAUGUCAAAGAAACUUUGCGAUCGCUUUUGGAAUUAUGUGGAGCAUUAUAUCAAUGACAAUUAUAAGGUCAAUGCAUACACUCUGUCCAAAAAUUUGAAGCGACUUCAACAAAUUCACUAUGGUAUCAUUAUUCAGUUGGAUAAAAUUUUAGACUUGUCCAAUACAAGUAACAUGAAUGACAGUGUUCCAACCUCAUGGGAGCCAAAAACUCUGAACAAUAUGAUUGUCUCGUCCUCUGACCAAGACGCUCUCAUUGCAGAAAUUGUGUGGAGAAACUUUUAUUGUGGAGGUGUUGAAUUUACAAAUCUGGACGUGGAUGACACCAUUAAGGGAGAAGUGGAAGUCACAGCCGAGGAUUUGGCAUUCUGGACACGUUAUAUUCGAUAUGUACUGAGCUGGACAGACCACAUUGAUUCUGUGAUCUUUAUUCGUGGUCUCUUCCACUAUCACUUACCCACGGACGAUUUUGUGGUAAAGUUUAAGCCCAACGAUAAGCCAGUGAAACCUGCACACGAAAAUAAAUAA